AUGUUGGCUGACGAGGACGGCUUAAACGCUAGCCAAAUGCCAAUCAUAUGCUUGAUGGAAUGGAGUUCACCAAGAUGUAAAGAGCAUGCUUUUGAUGUGCCAGCACCAAAAUUUGCACCAAAUUUCAAAUUUCCCACUACUCCAACUACGAGGAGGUUGACGCACGGUCUUCGGAACGCGAAUAAGCCUGAGAAGGACGUUCAGAUCCUGGAGAGGGGCACUACUGUAGCGCCGAGUUCGGGGGAGAAAAAUGAGAGUAAGGGUGUAAAAUACGAUUACUAUAAUGAAAAUUUUUUUAGAAUCGAAACUAGUGAUAUUUAUAAGGGUUUAAAGUGGCAUAUCGUCAAAAAGUUGAAAAGUCAUCAAAAAUUAUAAAAUUUCAAAAAUUAAAAAAUGGCAAAAGCUUAUGAAAACCACGGUUAAAAGAGUUUUAUAAAGGAAGCUCUUGUCAUACCAAACCUAGAAUUCUACUAUAUUAUAGUACUAAAAAUAUACAGUACUAUAAGAUAGUACUUAAGCUUUUAGUACUAUCCUGUACCAUGAGAUAGUACUUAAGCUUUCAGCACAAAAUUAUAGUACAUAAUACAUACAGUAAUAUACUGUAAUGUUUCAGUUGUCUAGUACUAAAUUAUAGUAUCUAAAAUCUGUAGUACUAUACUAUAGUACUUAAACUUAGGAAGGUUUUCUUAUAAUAAGAGCUUACUGUAACUAAUACUUAUAAGGCUAACACCAAUUUACUAUCCGUAUUUUACAAAACCCCUAAUUUUCCUCUAUUUUCAGGUUUUUUCACGCCAAUCGUGCCAAAAGCCUUCAAAAGCAAGAACAAGUCGACCAGUCGAACCAGUAAGUUUUACAAUUGAAGAACUAAUUUUGUAGAUAUGAGAGUGAUUGUGGUUGUAUAACAUAUUGUGGAUAGAUAUUAACUGUUAAAUUUGUGUUUUACCCACAAGCCUAUACUAACUUUUUUUUGUUUUUUGUGUUCUAACAGAGAUUGUUCAAGUGAUUCUGUGUCCCCUGUCAUUCUCCUCUCAAAGCAAAUUUUUGGGCAUAUGGGGCACAGAAUUAUCUGAACAAUCACAACUUUUUGGUUUGCCUUUAAAAAUUUGACAUAUUAAUAUUAUGAGGGCAAAAAGGUUGGUGACAUAUAGAAUUUGAUAUAGAGCUGGUAUAUCAAGUUGGUUUAGGACAAGGUUUAAUCUAAAUAAAAUCAUUUUUUUUGAAAUUUGAUAAUAGUUUAGGUGUGGGAUUUUAAAAUAUAGUAUGUAGAAUAGAAAUUCGAAAUGAAGAUGCAUCACAGUUUUUGAUAUGCAGCUGUAAAUUCAUAUAAAAUUACUUAUGUUGUUUUAGAUGGCAAAAGAAAUGUUUUUGAAAGAAAAUAAUAGGUUGCUAAUGUUUUAGAAAACUAACAUUUUUAAAAAUGAAAACAUAUAAAUAAUAGGAAUCCAUAGGUGCUAACUUAACAAAAAUACUAACAGUUCACGCGCUUGUUUUGGUUUGUGCACUACUAACAUUAGCUAGCACACUAAAACACUAGGUUUUUUUCAAAAACGUAACCUAAACCUAAAUAAUUAAAAAUCUAAUAAUGUUUGGCUUAAAAUAUUAACAGGGUUUCAAUGAAAGCUUUGUCGUUUUUAAACGUAAAAAAGGUUGUUUAAAAAUGAUAAAACUUUAAUUUUUUUGGCGUUUUAAUAUUUCCUAAAGUAACAAUUAUCAUAUAUUACUAAAAUUUCUUCCCACUUACAUGCUAUUGUGUGUUACAAUUAAAAAAAAUUAAACUAUUACGUGUUGCACAAACUGCACUAAUACACGAAAGAGCACCAACUGCACUAGCUGAUUUACACACUCGCACUCACUUUAAAAUUGCUUUCCUUACACUACCCCUUUCUACCCUACCCUGCCCUAACCUAUCCUACCCCUCAUCCCUCUCAACCCUACCUUAGACUACCUUUACCUACCCUUUUUUAUACCCACCCUACUUUACCGGACACUACCUUACCUUUCCCUAUCCUACCCUACCCUAAUUUACCCUAUCUGACCCCCAUUCUGCCUCAUCCUAUCGUAACAUACAUUGUAUAAAUUUACACAUUUGUACUAGUUUAAUAUUGCACCAAAUGCACUUUCACUACAACUUAUUACAAUAUAACAAUUACUUUAAUUCUAGUUAAUUUUGUACGUUUUCGUACAAAGAAGUUUCAAAAAUUUAUGGUUUUAUCCGCACAUUCUUCCUUGUGUUGUAUUGUCAUUGUACGGUAAUUUCUUCUUCUUCGUAUUAUUCUUUGGUAAUGUUCUUUCUUUACUAUUCUUCAUGUUCUUCCUCUUAUUACUAUUCUUUUACUUUUUCUUUUGUAUUGUUAUUGAUUGUGAUGGUACUGUAAAAUGUAACUUUGCAGAAUUUUCAUUUUAAUUUUUAUCUUUUUUACUCUUUUACUCCUUUCUUACUAUAUUUUUAUACUUCUUUUGACAUAUGUAUGCCAUUUUCUACAUAUCUUGCUGUGAAAUGCCUUGUGUUUCUACUACAAUAUUUUUUAAUGUUUAAUGUGUGAACUGUGUGAAACGGUUUUGACUUUCGCCUGAAAUCAUUUUUGUUAGCACAACGGCUGUAACACGAAACGUUGGGAAACAAAUUGGUUGUUGCAUAAAUUCGAAUAAAAUAGAAUUUCUCUAGAAUGUAAAGUGGCAUGACGUCUUUUGACAUACUCGUUGUCACAUUUUGGUUCAUUUUUUAAUGCUUAGGUAGUGUGAAAUUAGAGCAAGGCUAGGGCUAAGGCUGUAGAACAAAGAUUGAGCUAUAGGAUAAAAAAAAAACAUUUUACUGGAUAUGGAUAUGUGGUAAACGCUAAAACAAGGAUAGGACUUAGUUUUGGUAAGGCCAGGUAAAAGUAAUAUAAAGUAAGGUGAGGGUUGAGUACCGGUAAGAUAUUCUAUCUUAGAGCUAGGGAUAAAAUUGGGGCAAGGCUAGGGCUAAGAUUAAUAAGGCUGAGGUUAAAGCUAGGGCAAGCAAAGUCUAGUGUUUUGGCCUAGAACUCGAGGAAGAUCAGGGCAAUGCCAGGAAAUGGUUAGGGCACUAAGGCCAGGGCAAAACCAGAUAAAGGCCAUGACAAGGCUGAGGCUAGUCGGCCUUAACCUUGCCUGGCUUUGUCUACUAGGACGAAGCUAGGCUAGUUAGUAGGGAUAUAGCUUAGGUUAAAGCUAGGACUACGGCUAGAGCUAGAGCUAAGACGAGUGCUGAAUUAGGGCUAGAGCUAUAGACAGAACCAGAGCUAAGGCUAUUGCUAGCGUAAGGCUAGGACUAACGCUAGAGCUAUGACUAGAGCUAGGGCUAAAGCUAGAGCUAAGACUGUGUCAGAAAUUGGUUGUAAACUUUUUUUUUGGCCUAAAAGCCAACUUUUUUGCAAAACUUCAAAAAGACUUGAGCCACUGCAAUGCCCUAAAGAUUCUAUUAUAAUAAUUUAUGCAAAAACUAAUUUGUUUGUUGUGUAAAAGUUUUUGUCUACACUAAUAUCCUCUUUCUCGUCUUUGUCCACUUGACUUUGCGAGCGGCCCAAAGACACUGAAACAAGCGGUGCCCCCUGCCCGAAUAUGAUGAAUAUCCAAAGACGGCGAACGCGCUCAGGAAUUAAAUUUGAAUGUGUUAAAAGAGGGGGGGGAGUGCCGAAAUGAGAAUUCUUCAGGUCUUUUCAAGAAACUUGCGAAGGCUGCAAAAGGCUAGGAAGCAGCCAGGUGCGGGCAAUGGGGGUUUGAAUUUAUGGGUAGGGGGGGGAGAGGGGGGGGGGAGGGAGAGGUAGGGUAGAGACGAGGGUUUUACUGUAGAUAAAACGGGACAGAAUGAAAUAGGGAAGCCUAGACUUACUGCUUUACCUUAUCCUGCCCUGCCAGCCCUACUCUACCUUAACAGAUUUUCCCUGCCCGUCAUGCCCUACCUUACACUCUUACUCUGCCCUGCCCGCUUUGCCUUGACAUGAAUUAAUUUUAGUGCCUUGACUUAACCUUUCUUGAAUAGGCCACACCAGCCCUGUCCUGAAUGCCUUGCUUUUAUCCUGCCCAGCCCUAAUUUUAAGCCACAAAUCCCAAAACAGAGGUGCGAAACGCGCGAGACCUUUUAAGAAAGGGGGAAAACAAAUUCUUUGGGCCGCUUUCAUCUUGUGUCUUUUGACUUUGUUAUCUCCAUAGUGUUCAACACUAUGUUUACAACGGGGCGAGGGUGGGCGCGGAGCUUGUAAACGGAAUGUUUUUCAGUUGGAAAUGGGUCAGGUUUUCAAAUUUUUUAAAUUUAAAUUUUAAAACCGAAAAAAAUAGAAACGAAAUUUUCUAGCUUUGGCCUAUUUAUUAGGUGACGACAUAAAGAACCCGCCAUUUUUUACACGAAAUUGCAAGAAUAGUAUGGCGGGUUCUUUAUGUUGGCUCCUAAUAGUAUUUCUGUGGCCUAUUUAGUAUUGCUAUGGCCAAUGUUUAAGGAAAAACAUAUUUUUUCAAUAAUCUAAUUAAAUCCUUUACAAAGUAUGGCAUUUCCGUUGGAAACCACCCCCGUUUCCGGGCUCAAACCCGCUGUUUUCUAGCUUUAUAUCCUCGCUUUCUUGGCUUUAAAUCAUCCUUUUUUUGAGUCAAUUGCUGUUUUUAUAAAAAUUUUUGUUUUUACGGGUUUAAAAUUUACUUGCCUAGGCCUACCCUACCUUACCUCACCGUUCUUUAUCUUGCCCUAUCUUUCUUUACUUGACUCUACUUUACCCUACCCUACCCUACCCUACCCUACCCUACCUUACACUACCGUACCUCACUCUACAUUACUCUACUCAACUCUACUUUACCUUACUAGGUACUACCUUACCCUAUUAUACCCUAUCCUAAUGGGCAAAAGGUUUUAUUUGCUCAGCAAUCAAUGUACUGUAAAUUCAUGAUUCAUUUUUAUUUUUUUUUCUGCUUCUUUUUCUUACCGUCCUGUUAUCCAAGCCCAGCACACGCUAUCUUUCUUCUACUCUUUCUACUUUACUAUAACACUUCUUCCCUUUCCACCACUUCAACUCCUCGUGGCCUAGUUAGUGUUGAUUUCACUUCAGAAUCCGCUUUUUUUUCUUUUAUUUUGCUUUGUAGCUCCAGGACCGUCCAGUUCAAAAGAGACGCAAGUUGUUGUCACAUCAGCUACACGACAUCGACCAUCGGAUAGUGCACAGCAACGUAGGACAGUCAAGCCGACCGGUAAGACAAAAAUGGAGCAGCGGCCAGCAAGUCAGUCCAGCUACAACGGCGAUGAUGACUAUUCAGAGGAUGAGGACGCGGCCAGAGAAGACGAAGGUUAUGAUGAGAAGGGAUAUGAUGAGGAGAGAGGUGAUGAUGAAGAAAUGGAAGAUGUAGAUGAUCUUAAUCGGCUUAAGACACCAGCCACAUAUGCACCUUAUGCUAGGGCACAGCUGGUCAACUCCGGUCCGAAUGAGCUGGAUUCAUUGUGGACUGACUUGAGUCAUGCUGUUGAUUUCAAGUCGGGAGGGUCGUGGAGAAGGCCUGUCACGGCCAGUACGACCACGCCGCUACCAAGCACGACCAGUAGCACUUCUACUACAACGUUGGCUACGACUACGAAGCGGAUUGCUACUACAAUGUUUGGUAAUUUUUUUUGGUUUUAUUGAGUGUCUGUGACUCUUUUGUUUUUGGUACAUUUGGUAAUUCCUAAUGGUUAAUAUUUAGAUUUUUGACUUGUACAUCUUGCUUCAUCGUAUUUUACAUUUUUUCGGUUUUUCUAAAGUUUUUACUGCUUUAGAUGGUCUUUAUCGUUUGGCUGAGUAUACUUUUAUGCUUUUUUCCUUCAAUAUACUAUUGGUAUUGUUCUAAGCUAAAAAUAUGUUUUUGUAAGCCUAAAAGUUAUUUUUAAGCUUAAAAUUUCAUUUUUAAGCCUAAAGAUUAAUUUUAAAGCCUAAAAUUAAUUUUUAAGCCUAACGUUUACUUUUCAGACUUAAAAUUUUAUUUUUAAGCCUAAAUUCCCAUUUUAGACUAAAAAUAGCUUUUCUAAGCCUAAAAUUCACUUUUUAAGCCUAAAGUUUGAUUUGAAGUUGAAAAUAUACUUUAUAGCCUAUAAUUGUAUUUUUAAGCUUAAAGUUUCAUUUUAACUUUGAAAUUUUACUUUUAAACUAAAAGUUGAGUUUUAGGCUUAAAAUUAAGCUUUUAAAUUUAAACUUUUACUUUAAACGUAAUAUUUUAUUUUUAAGCCUAAAAUUCCAUUUACAAGUCAAAAAUUUAGUUUUUUUAAGCCUAAAGUUUAAUUUCAAUAUUUUAUGUUUAUUUUCAUGCUUGUAUGCUAUGUCGUAUUUUACAAACCAUAAAAAUUAUACAUUUCAAAACCUCUACCUGUGCCAAUCCCAAAUUGUACGUCUUAACCCGCAUUCCACUAAAUUUACCUUUCGGCCAAUGUUCCUCCCCUCAUUUGGCCUCGGAGUUGUUAUUAGUCGAGGCCCCUUUCCGCCCCAUCUCCCAUCUUCCUUAUCUCUUCGAAAUUAAAAAUAUUUCUAAAAAAAAUUUUUUUUGAAGUGCAGCACGAGUGUGUUUUUGGCUACGUUGGCUUCGAAACUAGGUUAAAACGAACAGAUUUAGCGGUCAAUAACAAACUAUUUUUGAGUGGUCGGAACACGUAAUUGAGUGGGGGUUUGGGGAUUACUUUUUUGGAAGGGGGGGGGGUUAGGAGUAGAGGUAAGGAUUAAACAAGGUGAAUUUACUCCUCUCUUCAGAAGCCAUUGAAAAAAAACUACGAUGGUUUAAGAGUACUAAAGGAGGAUUGUUUGACUUAUAGUUAAGCCUAAAAAUUGAUUAUUAAGCCUAAACUUUGUUUUAAGCCUUUAAUCUCAACAUUUCAUUUGUAAGCCUAAAAUUUAUUUUAAGACUAGUUUAUUUUUAAGCAUAAGAUUCAUUUUUUAAACCUAAAAUUAACUUUCAAGCCUAAAAUUCAAUGCCCUAAAACACAUUUUUUGACUUAUAUUUAAGCCUAUGAUUUCAUUUUUCUGCAUAUAGUUUAUUUUUAAACAAGUUUUAUUUUUUGCUUGAAUCUUCUAUUAUACUUUAAACCUAAAACUUCAUAUUUUAAUAUAAAACUUUAUUUUUACCCUAAAUUUUUCAUGACGAUGAACUCAAACUUGUUUACUCUACAAAUCUACAAAUAUAAAUAAUAGGACUUAAACUAUUAAAUCUUGAGCUGUUAAUUUCUAGAAAAAUGUUACGUUUUUAAGACUAAUCUCAGUUUAACAUAAGCUCUUGAAAACAGUUUGUUUUACCAUAUUUAUCCGAAAAUUGUUUUCUACGUUACGAUUUGGGGUUUUUAAAUAUCACGUAGUUUAAAACUUCGUAACUGAAACUAUUAGGAUAGGCCUGUAAAGGGACUAGGCCAAAUUUUUCUGUCUGACUCGCGGGCUGAUUCUUGGUUUAAACCUCGGCCCUCGUACUGACAUGUUUUGGCCCGAGCUGACCAGGGCUUAUAGGGCUUUAGCCCUUUCACGUCUAAACCAGGAAUAUUAUAAGUACAGUGGAACUCCUGCAUGACGAACUCUUCUAUAACGAAAAUUCUGUAUAACAUACAAUUUUUGAAUCUCUAGUUUACACUAGACGAUCCUUUUAAAACGCUUAUACUGUAACUCUUUCAUAACGAACAUCCUUCAAAUGCCCGAUCGUUAUUUCACUGAACAUAGAACUUCAGUGGAACUCAUGUAUUGCUCGGGGAUUUGAAAUUUGUUCGUUGUAAGGGAGUUUCGUUAUAGAUGACUUGGUUAUACAGCAGUUUCACUGUACAUAUAACAACUGUCUUUUUCAAAUUUUUUAAGAAUACCUUAUCCAAAGUACGUCCAAACAAAACACCUAAAGACAACAAGACUUUAUUUUCCUAAUAUAGCCAUUUGUUAUUGAAAACAUUAAAGGAUUGUAAAGAUGCGAGAGGAAAGACGUUAAAAUUGAGUGGAAAGAAGAUUUUAAAAAUUUCUCUUCUACUUUCUUCUGUGGCCGAAAAAACCCUUGGCCAUGACGACAAAAGAAGCCCAUUUUUGGGGCGAAACGAUUAAAAAUUUUUGAGGAAAACAGAAGACGGAAACUUUUUACAUACUGUUUUAACGUUUAUUAGUUAUGAAAAAACGUGUUUGUUGUUCAUUUAUGGGCCGAAAACGGGGAAAAAUGGGUGUUUUUUUGGGUUUUUGUGGAUUUUGGGGGUGUGAAAUAGGGUUUUUAAAAGUUUUAUAAGGUUUUUUUGGUUUAUAUGGUUAUAUUUUACAUUUCUAUGGCUAUAUUUAUAUUGUACAAUCCUUUAAACAGCACACAUAUAAUUUACCAACUUUUUUUUCAAAAAAAAUUUUUUUUAAUUUUUUAAGUUUUUAGUUAUUUAUGACAAAAUAUAUUGUAUUUCUUUACAAUUUUAGCCAAAAACUCCUUUUUAAUGAUAAAAUCAUUCCGUUCGGCCUUAAAACCCAGCCAAAAGGGUAACCCUAAACCUUCUUAGCAGCGUGGUCCCGUGGCGUAAUGGAUAACGCGUCUGACUUCUAAUCAGAAGAUUGCGGGUUCGACCCCCGCCGGGACCUAGUGUUUUUUUGGCUUAUUUUUGACAUUUUUUGGCUGAAAUUAAAGCUUUUUAGCCUUUUUUAGAUUGUAAAAUAGGGGUUAUUGUUUUAAAAAUGCCUUUUUUCGUAAGACAGGGUAAGAUUUAGAUAAAACUUUAACUUUUUUUGUAAAAUGGCACCUUCGAGUUAAAAAAUUUUAAAGAACCAUUUUCCUGCAAAAUCCUAAAUUUGAAAACUCUGCUUGGCCGAAAAACCAUCUGUCGCCAGAGAUUUCCGGCUGCCUUCGUUAGGGCACAGUUCAACAAAAAAAGGUUUGGCAAAUGUCACACCCAAUUACAAGUUUAUGUUUUGUUCGUGUGUGUGUGAGAUUGGGCAUUGUGAGUGUUUGGUCAUCACAAAUGCAUCAUCUUUCGGGAUUAGAGCUGAAUUAAAAUGCGUUUUCCCAGUUUUCAAGUACUCGUUUUUGAGGGUUGCGCGAGCUUUGGGGCGGACAUUUUAAUAAAUUUGAUUGGAAUUUCAGUUUUUCAAAUUUUGGAUUUUUAGUUGUAAAUAUAAAUUUUAGACUUAAGAAUGACAUUCUAGGCUUAGAAGUCAAUUUUAGGCAUAAAAAUGAAAUUUUAAGUUUAAAAAAUAAAUUUUAGGCAUAAAAAUCAAAUUUUAAGCUUAAAAACAAAAUUUUAGACUUAAAAAUGAACUGUAGGCUUAAAAUGAUAAUUGUAGGCUUAAAGCUGAAUUUUAGGCUUAAAAAUGAAAUUUUAGGCUUAAUAAUACUUUUGGCUUAAAAAUAAAAUUUUAGGAUUAUAAAUAAAUUUUAGGCUUAUAAAUGGAAUUUUAGGUUGAAAAAUAAAACUUUAGGUUUAAGAACUUGAUUUUAUUUUUAAAAAUCAAUUUUAGGCUUAAAAGUAAAAUGUUAGGCUUAAAAAUAAAAGUUUAGGCUUGAUAAUUAACUUAUAAUUUUGUUUUUAAGCCAAAGUUUGAUGUUCAGGCCUAAAAAAGUGCAUUUUAAAUUUUGAAAAGUUGUUUUUGAGAUUUCACUUUUACUUCCGAAAUGCACUUUAAAACAAUUGAAAACUUUGGAAAAUUCGAAGUAAAAGCUCCCAAGUCAAUUACAUUACACUUUGGUCUUGUUUUAUGGUCAAUUUACUCGAAACUCAGAGUUUUGUUUUCAGUGAGUACGACACGCUGGCUGGAAACGACCACACAAGCAUCGCGUCAAAAGUUGAGGACAAUCCAAACGGAAUCCACCACCACCAUACCGUUGUACGCGGUCCGCCCGACCACACCAAUGGGCGAUUUGUUGACCACGACUAAGGUGGUUUAGGCUUAAUAUGAGGGUGGGGUAGCGUAGUGUAAGGCUGGGUUAGCGUUUUAGGGUUGAGUUGAGUUCGGUAUUAAUUAAAAAUGGCUUUACUUUAACAAAAAGCCUAGGUUUAAAAAUUAUUUUUACGCUUAAAAAGGAUUUUUAGGCUUAAAAGUGGAUUUUAGGCUUAGAAUGCAAUUUUAGGCUUGAAAAUGGAUCUUAGGCUUAAGAAUUGCGUUUUAGGUUUAGAAAUGAAUUUCAGGCUUAAAAAUAAAUUAGGCUUAAAAAUGAAUUUUAGGCUUAAAAUAAAUUUUUAGGCUUCAAAAUGAAUAUUUAGGCUUAAAGAACAAUUUUAGGCUUGAAAAUCAACUUUAGGCUUAAAUCUGACUUCAUUUUUAAAUAUUUUCAGGCUCCAAUAGUGACGACUGACUUUCCACGAACCGCUCUCAUAUCAAUAGCCUCGGUGUCAGUUAUCAUUAUCAUUGCUUUCGUCGUCUUCUGCGUCUUCAGAUGCCGUCAAUCAGCUCCACCAAGCGAAUCCACUUAUCCGAUGGCCUACAGUGGCACAAAGCAAGCCUCAAUGGGCAUGGGUAAUGUCAUGUUGGGUAGUGGAAACCAUGGCUAUACUCCCAUUCCUAGUGAAAUGUCACCACCAGCUGCUCAACACACUCAACAAUUCGCUGGAAUGAGCCCUAGGGUCAAGUAGGUUUAGCAUUUAUUGUUUUACUUUAUCAUAAUCUACCCUACUUUACCCUAUCCUACCUUAUCUUACCUUACUCUACCCUACCCUACCGUACUCUACCUUACUCUACCUUACUCUACCCUACCCUACUCUAACCUACCAUACCCUACCCUACCGUUCCCCACCCUACCCUAUCGUAACCUAUCUUACCCUAUCUUAUUUUACCUUAUCCUAUGCCAUAUCGUACUUCUAACCUACUUUACUUUCCUCUAAAUUACCUUGAUGACUCUGCUUUACCCUACCCUAUCUGCCCUUACCUUGCUUUAAAUGGCCGUAUGGUACGUUUUCUUACCCAAUAGUACUGUACUAUACUAUAUUCUAUCCUAUCUGACCCUACCUUAUCUUACCCUAUUUUACUUUACCGUAGCCUAACUUAAAUUUAUCUGUUCUACCCUACCCUAUCCUAUCUUACCCUACGGUACCUUAUUGUAAAGUGUCUUACACAGCCCUACUCUUUCUUAACAACCUUUACCCUACUAUUAUGUCUUAUCAUAGUCUAAUUUAACCUACCCUCUUUGCUCUACACUACUCUACUCUUUAUUACACUACAAUGUCCAACCCUACCCUAUAUUGUACUAUCCUAACCUUUUUUGAUUUCAUCUCUUAGGCCAGCAUUAACCACCGAUUACCCUCUUAAUAACUUUUUCAUUUUCAGCUACGAAUCCAUGAACGGUGCUCAAACCUUACCUUCGGCGAUGCGUCGGCCGAAUGGUUUAACUAAUGGUGGGCCACAUCCGAAUGGUAUGGGUUAUCAGACAAUUGGGCAACAUGUUGUGAACCAAAAUGGCCAGACAUCACCUGCUCGUACUAAUGGCAAUGCUAAUGGUGCUGCUAAUGGAGGGUCGAGGACGUGGGGUCGGGACCGUAAGAAGGACUUCAAAGAGUGGUAUGUCUAG